AUGUUUACAGGUAUUGUUGAAUUAAUGGGAACUGUAAUUGAAUACAAACCAUAUGAUGAUACAGAAAGUGGUGGUCAAGGUGUUUCUGUAACAAUUGGCAAUUCUGAGAAUAUAUUAGGUGAUUGUCAUAUUGGUGAUUCAAUUGCAAUUAAUGGUAUUUGUUUAACUGUUACUGAAUUUAAUAAAGAUUCUUUUAAGGUUGGUAUUUCUCCAGAGACUAUAAAAAGAACAAAUGUUUCCUCUUGGAAAAGUGGUGAAUUGGUUAAUUUAGAAAGAGCUGUUUCACAAGAGGUACGAUUUGGUGGCCAUUACGUCCAAGGCCAUGUUGACACAGUUGCAAAUAUGGUUUCAUUCAUCCCAGAGGGAAAUUCUUUGAUUUUUGGAUUUAAAUUAAGGGAUUCACAAUAUAAUAAAUAUAUCGUAGAAAAAGGUUUUAUUUGUAUUGACGGUACCUCUUUAACUAUAACUAAUGUUGAUGACGAUGGUACUUUUUAUAUUAGCAUGAUUAAACAUACUCAAGAAAAUGUCAUUAUGCCAUUGAAGAAAAUUGGCAGUGAAGUUAAUAUUGAAGUUGAUUUAACUGGUAAAAUUAUUGAAAAGCAAAUUACAUUAUUACUAAAUUCACAGUUUGAAAAUAAAGAUAGUACUUUGAAUAAUUAUAUUGAAAAAAUUAUUGAUGAAAAGGUUAAAAAAUAUUUAGGUAAAUAA